GACAAUGAGUGAAGAAUUGCAACUCCAUGAACAAGGAGAGAAAAUUUUCGUUUCUAUUAGAUUAAGGCCAUUGCAAGAUAAAGCAAGGAACCGUAUAUGUGAUUGGGAAUGUGCUAACAAUGACACCAUCGUUUUCAAGAAUAGUUUGCCCGAACGUUCCAUGUUCCCUGCCGCCUACACAUUUGACAGAGUAUUUGACAGUGAAUCCAAUACGAUUCAAGUGUACGAGGAAGGAGCCAAACACAUUGCACUUUCAGUACUCGAGGGUAUCAAUUCAAGCAUAUUUGCAUAUGGGCAAACAAGUAGUGGCAAGACAUAUACAAUGAGGGGCAUCACUGAAUAUGCAGUAUCGGAUAUAUAUGACUGCAUAGAGAGGCAAGAAGAAAGAGAUUUUGUGGUGAAAUUCUGUGCCAUGGAGAUAUAUAAUGAAGCCGUGAGAGACCUCCUUAGCCCAGAUAGUUACCCACUUAGAGUGCUGGAUGAUCCAGAGAGGGGAACGGUUGUGGAGAAACUUACUGAGGUGGUUCUAAGAGACAGGGACCAUCUUCACGAGCUCCUUACAAUCUGUGAAGCUCAAAGGCAGAUAGGAGAGACAGCUUUGAACGAAACUAGCUCGAGAUCACAUCAGAUUUUGCGGCUGACAAUUGAAAGUUCAGCCCGUGAAUAUGCUGGAGCUGGAAAUUCAAGCAUUCUUGCAGCUUCUGUGAAUUUUGUUGAUUUAGCAGGAAGUGAACGAGCUUCUCAGACCUCAGCUGCUGGUACAAGAUUGAAAGAAGGCUGCCAUAUAAACCGGAGUCUACUAACUCUUGGGACUGUGAUUCGCAAAUUAAGCAAGGGAAGAACUGGCCAUGUACCAUAUAGAGACUCAAAGUUGACACGCAUACUCCAGAAUGCCUUAGGAGGAAAUGCGAGAACAGCCAUCAUUUGUACGAUGAGUCCUGAGCGCAUUCAUGUUGAACAAUCAAGAAACACUCUCUUGUUUGCUAAAUGUGCUAGGGAGGUAAGAACGAAUGCGCAGGUGAAUUUAAUUAUGUCAGAUAAGGCAUUGGUAAAGCAAUUACAAAGAGAACUGGCUAGACUGGAGAAAGAAAUGAGGAGCUUGGGAUCAGCUUCAGUUAAAGGAGAUACUGCUGGUGUGCUGCGAGAGAAAGAGAAACUCAUUGGACAGAUGGCCAAAGAGAUAGAAGACUUAACUUGGCAACGUGAUCUUGCUCAAUCUCGAGUUGAGAAUUUGCUACUGUCAGUUAGAGAAGUUCAAAUGCUAAAGCAGUCAACAAAUUCAUCAAAAGUGGCCAAGGUUCCCUGUACGGUUGGUUCCAACAAGCGUAAGGAUACUGUUGCACCUAGUGCCAACAAUCAAUAUCUCGGGCUUGCUGAGAAUCCUGAAGAGGAUUUUCUACUCGAUGGCAUGACUCCAAAGUUUGUUGGGCCUGAUCCAUGCAAGGAUUGGGAGAUUUUUGAAAAAAUGGAUCAAGAAUUUGAAGACAGGGAAGUUCCAUGCGUUGAAAUUGGAGACUCAAGAAAUACAAUGAAUAAAGAAGCUGGAGUUCACUUUUUGAGUCUUCACAACAAUGAAGGAAAAUUAGGCAUGGAGGAGGCCAUUGUCAAGAAAACAGGAGCUGACGACUUCGUGACCGAUCCUAAAAAUAUUGAAGGAAAAUUAACCGUGAAUGAGUCAAGUGUUGAGAAGCAAGAAGGUGAUGGUUUCUCCACUGAUCCUGUGGACAAACAAGGAAAAUUAGGCAUGAUUAUUACCACGAAUGAGAAUGUAGUAUCAUCCCCACGACAGGAAGAUUUGCAAUCAAGUCCUGCUUAUAAUGAUCAAACUUACAAGGGUUUGAACCAAAGAAUUCAUGAGCUGCAAAGGACGGUCAAUUUUCUUGUCAAUGUUCAGCAUGUAGACCAGUCGCCUAGCUUCUCAGAUAUAUCUAAUUCUAGUAGCAGGAGGAGCCUGAGCAGAAGCAAAAGCUGCAAGGCAGUUGUCUCUACUGUGCCAUCUUCACCUUACUUUGAAAAGGAAGCACUGAAUGGAAGCACACCCCUUUUCACUGGAGUAGAAAGGGACUUCGUUGAUAGACCAAGAGACCUUUACCAAAAGUUUUCUGAACUGAAAUUUGACAAUAUAAGCGAAAAUAUGUCCAGAAGAAAUUCUCGAACUUCUGUUAGUAGCAGCUCUGUGGAUACGUUAAAUCUGAAAGAUUUAGAUGCUGAAGACACUUUUGGUGCAACCAAUUUUGCUCCACGACCGUGGAAGUCAAUUAGCGAGGAUCCUUUGGCAAGAAUUUCCACCUCCACUGUUUUAGCCGCUGGCGGCAGUCAAACGAAACUGCCCUCAGAAAAGCAAAUUGAUAACAACUCGGAUGACAAGCAACUACAGUCUAAUUGGCCCUCAGAAUUUGAGGAGAAGCAGAGACAGAUAAUUGAACUUUGGGAUGCAUGCAAUGUAUCAUUAUCCCAUAGAAGCUAUUUCAUCCAGCUUUUCAAGGGUGAUCCUUCUGACUGUUUGUAUAUGGAGAUAGAGCUCAGAAGAUUGAAGUUUCAAAAGGACUCAAUAUCAGACGACAAUGGUUCUCAGAGAGAGAGUCCAAUUUGCACAACAGCUUCAGGUGAGAAGGAAUUGAUUCGUGAGAGAGUAAUGUUGAGCAAGCAAAUACGAAGUAAGUUAUCAAGAAAGCAAAGAGAAGAACUGUACAAGAAGUGGGGAAUUGAUUUGAACACAAAGCAGAGGAGUUUACAAGUGGCACGCCUUGUAUGGACAGACACCAAGGACAUGGAGCAUGUAAGGGAGAGUGCUGCUGUGGUGGCUAAGGUGCUAGGAUUCGUGGAACCAAGUCAAGCCCCCAGGGAGGUAGUUGGGCUCAGCAUCUUGCCCAGAUUUCUAAGCCGAAGAUCUCACAGCUGGAGUCUUAGACUUCCUUCCCUGUUUUAGAAGACGUUGAGGAUAGAGAGAAUUUAUCUAGUUGACAUCUUGAUCUUGUCAUUUCUAGCUCCCAAGUCCCUAUUGUAAAUUGAAAGGCAUAUAAAGUUAAAUCAGAUUUUAGUCGCAGAUUCAUUUUGAUUCUUUCUUUGCUCAUUGUUUUUCAUAUAACACAUAAUAAAUGUAAUGAAGGAAU